AUGUCUAAAACAUUAGUUUCUGUAAAAGAUGGGAUGCAGACAACUAUUAUUAAGUAUGGUAGAUUUCUCAAACCAUGUGUUGAUAAUGUUGACCAAGCUGUUAAGAUUCAUUACAAUCGCCAUUUGAUACUUGGGUUAGCAAAGUUUUGAUGCUUUGAGACCAACACUUGUUUUCCAUGGGGAGAAGCAACAAUUACUUUUGAAGAUGUUAUGGUAAUUGAUGGGUUUCUAGUCACCAAAGAACCUAUGAGGCACUUCAUGGAUAUUGAAAAUGAAAUAGAACAUGUUGCAUUCCUGGCAAUGUGGCUAUCAAGGUAUGUCUUUUCUUCUCUAGCUGGGGAUGCCAUGAGAAAGGAAGUUUUUCCUAUAGCAAACCAUUUAGCUGAAGGGAAAAAGAUGCCAUUUGCCCCUACAAUUUUAGCAAGCCUUUAUAGGAACCUGAGUUUGUUAAAGGAACAAGCAGCUACUUCGCAAGAAGUAAUAGUUGUUUCGGGGCCAUUGCAAUUAGUGCAAUGGCAUAAAUUGAAUCCUAAAAUCAGUAUCUCAUUAGUUAGAUCAGGCCUAAAAUUGGCUAAAAAUUUUUAUUGGAGUCCAUAUGCUGACGGUAAUAUAAACAUGUGGAUUCAAUUAUCGCAUUAUAAAAAAGUUAGAGAUCGAGUGGUUGUUUUAUUGAGUUUAGAUGGGGAAUUGCAAUCUUACCUAAGGUGCUUAGUUGCUAUAGAGCUGGUGGGAUUAGGUUGUCAAGAAAAGUAUCCGCCACAUGGAGUAGUAAGGCAAUUUGGACUGGAUCAGGAUCAUCCUAGUGAUCAUUCUGAUCUACAUACUACAGACAAAAAUGUUACAGUCCUCAUUCUAGAAAGAUCCUUCAAGCCUAGUGUUUCAAAAAGGUAUUUCAAUUGGUGGAAAUAAGCAACAGUGAUUUGUGAAGAUGCAGCCAAGGAGAGUAAUACUAAAUUAUCACCCCAAAUUCAUGGAAAGAUUUUAUUUUUGUCAACAAGUUUAGAGGACGUGAGCCAUGGCUUAGUUGCUUUAAAAAGUGAUUAAAUUAGUAUUGAUAGAACACGAAAUGUUGAAGUUUUAGAAUCUACUAGGGCAGGAAAAAAUAAGGAUGGCCACCUUAUUCAACAAGGGAUAAAGAUUACAGAAGAGAGCCACACCAUUCUCUAUCUUAGGAGAUUACAGAAGAAAGCCACACCAUUCUCUAUCUUAAUUUUUCUCCUAAGAUCAAGAAAAGGUUGUCACAAGAUUUUAGUGAUGAUAAUGAUGAUGAUCUUCCUCUUUC